AUGGGAGCUAAAAAGGGAAAAAAGGGUAAGAAAGGCAAGAAGAAGGGUGGAGCCGAUACCGAGCCCAGUCCAGAGGAAAAAAAUUUCAUCUAUCAGGCUGAGAUUGAAUCUUUGCAAUAAAAGCUAAUGAUGGAAUCCCAGCGUGCAGAUGUAUCUAAAGCAUCUGAGAAUGAAAAAAGACAUAGAGAGUUACAGUUAGACAAACAGUUAAAGGAUGAGGAAAAGAGAACUAGGGAUAUUAUCGCAGAUAUGACUAGAUAAUACAAGUCUAUGUUUGAGGAACUGACAGAAAAGAUUAAUAAGCUUGAGAGAGAAGUGGUGGAUAACGAUGAGACUAUAUCAGAUCUAAAGGAGUAAUACGAGAAAUUAAACAAUGAAAAGUUAGAGAUUGAAAAGGCUAAGAAUGAAGAGAUAAAGGAACUUAAGAAGAGAAUUGAUGAUAUGAGUAGUGAUUUUGCAGAGAUGUUAAGAGACACUUUACAUAAAAUGCAAGAGAGAAUUGAAAUCGCCAAUAAAUAAUGGGAGGAGGAAAAUGAUGCUAAUAUGCUCAAGAGAUUUGAGGAUAUGGCAUUAGGAAAUAAGCCAAACUGA